AUGGCUUCAACCGCCUGUAAAGUCUAUCAUAAAGAUGGGUUUGAUUCAAGAACAUUUCUGGAGACCUAUUUUUCUUCUAAACCAGACAUGGUCUAUGCUGAUGAUACAUUGAAAUAUCCUAUGAAGAAACUUCGAGAAAUUUUCAGUGCGGGUCACAUUAAGGGAAACGUUUUAAUUGACAUCAGUCUUGGUCCCUUCAUUCAUCAUCUCCUUACUGCCUCUACAAUUUUCAAAGACAUCUAUCUGCUAAGGUUCAGAGAAGAAUGUAUUAUGGAACUGAGCAGGUGGCUGAACACACGCACAGGAGCGUUUGAAUGGAAUCACGCAAAAUCAUAUUUGGAUGAAUUAGAUGGCGGCAGUGACCAAUGUGAAGAUAAAGAAACAAAAAUGAAGUCAGCAAUAAAUCACAUUGUAAAAUGGGAUAUAGACACAGACACCGUCCCAGUGGUGCUCCCAGCAGCUGACUGUGUCAUCACUGCCUGGCUCCUGGAUACUAUCAGCACAGACCAAGAUGAUUACAUCACAAAUCUGAAGAAAAUUACGAAGUUUGUAGGACCUGGAUGUCACCUGAUAUUGAUUGGGGCUUUAAAUGCAUCUUAUUUCACAGUCGUGAAUGAGAAGUUCCAUAUUUUCAAUUAUGAUGAAGCAUUUGUAAGAAAAGCCCUCACCGGAGAAGGGUUUGUUAUAGAUCACUGUGAUAUUUUCACAAGAGAGUCAGUGAGUGAUCUUAGUGACCAUGGUGCAAUAAUAUUCAUCACAGCUCACAUAGAGAAGUAG